AUGACCCAAAGGAUUACUUCAUGUACUGUUUCCGAAGUACCUGAACGUUUAUGCACUUCUUCCAUGGACGCACUACAAAUCUCACCGUUUACUGAUACGCUUUCCAACAAAACUGGCGAUGUAUGCAGAAUAGAGCACACUCAGUUCGGUGAAGUUUAUAUUUGUAGAGUGUGUAAUGUGAAAUGCACUGGUAAGGCGCCAUUUUCCCAGCAUAUAUCUGGAUCACAUCAUAGAAAAAACUGCAAUGCCAAUACCUAUUUCUGUAACGAGUGCAAUACGAGCCUUAAUUCUUCUGAACAAUAUAACCUACAUUGCAGUGGAUCAAAGCAUAUGCGAAAUAUAAUUUCUUCUUCUGACAAUUCUAUGUCUGAACAGUUUGGAGUUGAGCAACAAUUCAAUAAAAGCAAUCAUGUUCCUUACUUCUGCAUACCUUGUGGUCUUAGUUGCUCUUCCAAAGAGCAACUGGAUUCCCAUUUCUUAGGUAAAAAACAUAAGAAGCAAUGUAAAAAAUAUAAGCCAUCUGUAUCAGGUCAGCUGUCGGGGUACGUUUUGAAUGAACAGUCAAAUCAACCGAUUGGUCAACCUGACUUUUUCUCUUCAGUGCCUACUUUAUUCAAUACAGCUAGUGAGAAUUCGCCAAACUUUUGGUUUCCAAAGUUGGUUCCUUGUAUAAGAAAUAUCAUAGAGCUGGAGUCCAAAUUGACAUUAACAAAUAACUUUUCUCCGCUUUUGGCUUCAGUCACUCCCUGUUCAUAUCAAGAACGAACAGAUUUAAAGAGUGAUCUUUCACCCAAUCAGCAGGAUAGUGGCGAUUCUUCUGAGCCCAAACAAUUUUGUAGACACGGUGAAUGUAUUCUGAUGAGGUCAUUACAAUUUUAUGAAGGUGAUUUAAAUACAAGAAUUGGUAAUCCUGGAUGA